UGCUUGAGUAAAUGCGUCGCUUUCAGAACUCUGAAGCUCGUUUUUAUAAGCAUUAUAUUUUACCAGCAAGAGCGCAACUGUGUGCGUUCGUAACGAAUUUAAAUUCAAGUUAGGUAUAAGAACUUGGACUUACCUUUAGAGCUGCACUAGAUUUCUUGCUGCAGGACAACUAUGAAACGCAGACCAGAGGGUUGGCAAAGGAUGCGAUUGGUGAUAACCAUUGGAACAGUUUUGUUGGCAAUUUCUUUAUUUCAAGGCAUGUGCACAAAGCCGAACAAACUUAAUUUAACGAAGGAGGUGGAGCAGUACGUGCUUUCCAAAAGGGGGAAAAACUUGGUCAGCUUAAACCUGACGGGUGGAGACCGACGGCCCAAUGAACAGCCAGUUACGGCAACAGUGCAUAAGCUUCAGUAUGAAAGUGGUUGUAAGCACGUGCAGAAAUCGGAUUAUCCUAGAUGCAAAGAUUUUUAUAUCUGGUACAUAUAUGAAAGUAUUGUGACUCCAUUCACUUUGCCCGUCAACCUCACUGUUCUUUAUAAGGGAGAAAAGAACGAAACAUUGCCAUCUGACCUGAAUGAUGCCACCCAUGUAUAUUGGAACCCCGAAAACCUGACGACCCCAAUUGUUUAUACUCAAGAAUAUUACGAAGAGAAGUGCAAUUUCAUUGUCCCCAUUACCUUCAAGGGCUGGUUCACAUAUGAAGUCCAACAGUCAGUGGGAGACACCCCGCUUAAGGACGCUCUGGGAAUAGGAAAUGUCGUGGAGAGUAGUAAAAAACUUACCGCAAGCGAUAGCUUGACGGUGCUUUACAACGUUAGUGGUGUAUUUCAACAUACAGUCGUUUGCACAUCUAAAAAAACGACAUAACGUCGAGGGAUUUCAUAAUAAUUACGACUGAUACG